AUGCCACUAACACAUCGGAAGAGAAAUGGACUACCACCAAAACUACAUGAGUCGGUAGCUAGUGAAAUUACUAAAAAGAAGAGGAAGGCAAUUGAAAUAGCCAGAAAGUCCCGUGAAACAAUGAGAAUGAAGAAGAUGUCACAAAGAGCAAAGAUGAAGAACCUUAUCCUUCAUCGAAACCGAAGGAGAAGAUUCGACAAGCUGAAAGAGGUGUUUGAGUUCCCGGAACGAGCCACUAACGACUUUAUGUACGGUAAGUUAGUCGGUAACUUAUCGUUUUUUAUCUUUAGGCAUUUUUUUGAUUAAAAUAUUAAUUUUGAACCACCGUAAAAUACACUGGUAAUUUACUGGUCAUUAUUUACUAUAUAAUCUGUACUACUUCAGUUUCCGAUCACAGUGAACCAAAUAACGACGUUAUUUGGGUGAUAAAUCAAUUGAUAGAGGACACAAUAUCAUCUUUUGGAGACCGUGUUUACUACGAGCCUGCAGAAGCUUUAAGCGAUUAUGAUGAUGAUGUACAUGAGGAAACAGAAGAACCUAAUCAAGGGAAAGUUGAUGGGAUGGGAUCAUUACCGAAAGCAGUUAUGAACAGUUGGAAGAGCGAUGAUGGCGACAAAUACAAGAAAGAUAAACAACUAUACUCACUGUAUCAAAGAUUUCAGUUUCCGAAGAAGUCAUUUCCCAAUUUUAAGAGUGGUAAGAGUUAUCUUAAUAUUAAAUUAACUAAACUACUUUUUUGGUAUUUAGUACUGUAAAGUUUAAUUUAUGUAUCGACAGACUUAAAUUCCAAAUGUUGAUAUUGAACCCUUAAUUUUAAGCUUUUAUACUGCAUUUUUAGUGUGUGUAACAGGCAUAGAAAAUUCUGUUGUGGAUACAGUAGGAUUCCUUGUUGAUCAAGUCGUCGCCACAGUAGGGCCAACGUUGCCUCGUCGCAAGUUUGAAAGACGUGUUUUGGAUGAAAAAUGGGACAUCUUUGGUGAAAUGUAUCCAUCCUUGAAGAGAAGACAGGGUAAGAAAAACAACAAUGAAGUAAAAAAGGCACUAGCUGUUUCGAAUCCUUCAAAAUCGAUCCACCAACCAGGUGAAACCAGGAAUAAACGGAAAGGAGUUGGAUAUCUCAAUCUUGAUGAAGAGUACUUCAAGAACACGCCUUCUAGAGUCAUUCCCAAAGUUCGUGUGACAAAGAAAGUGGAGAAAGAAAACUCACCUCCUCCGUUGAAAAAGAAAAAGUAUGGUGCAUCAAAUGCUUUGAUUGAUCAAGAAUUUGCUUUUCCUGAAACAGUUAUUUUUCAUCCUGUUGACGAGACAUCUUAUUCUGUGCCUAGAAGAAGAGGUAGACCGAGAAAAUAUGGAGAUACAGAAGUCCCAACAAGCCAAAAGAAGUUUUCCCAGCUUUACAAAGAAAUUGGUAAAGCAUUACCAUCGAAAACGGCUUCUGAUGGUAAGAAUGCAGUAAACAAAGAAGCUCGAACUUCAGUCAACAGCAAGAAAACCAAGAAAGGUUCAAGUUUGAAUUCAAGUAGAAGAGACGAUGUACCGACUGUAAUAACUAUUGAAGAGGAUACAAAAACAAAAGAAAAGAAUGAAUCAUUGAAGAAGAUUAACGAUGAGCUACAAAAAGCAUACGACGAGACAAAACAAGCGUUGGAAAAAGCAAAUCAUGAUAAUGAACUACUGAAGAACACGAACAAAGGCCUGGAAACUAAGAUAAAGGCAUUGGAAAAGCAGAUUAAAGAUAUUAGACGAGAAGCUCUGAUAAAAACGAGAGUAAUGUUGUCAGAAGCUGAGCGAGGAUCUAAAACAGUUACCGACAGGACUGACGUUCAACACAGAAACCUGAAGAAAGUACAAUCAGAAGGUGCUGAGAACUUAAAGUUCAUUUUGGAGAGGGCUGAGGAGCUGGAGAAGAUUACUACAAAGCUUAGGGGCGGUAAGUUAGGGGGUGGAUCUUUGGUAUAUCUUAUAGAAUAGUAUUUGUGUUAACAAAGGGAUGGUUUAACGUUUAAAAUGUGUACUUUGCGAUUACUUUAUUUUCUGUUACACUGAGAGUUAAGAAAAACAUUAAUUAUCGAAAAUAUUAUUGUAGAAUACGUUCACUUGCGAUUCUUCCCACCGAAAAAAGAAGAAAAGAAGGAAGAUAAACCUGAUGAACAAGGUGAACCAGGCCCAAGCACUUCUGCAGCUUCAGAAGCGCCGGAAACGUCAACGGCUACAGCUCAAAUUAAGAAUCCUAUUUUGAAUCCAGAAGGCAUUUCUUUGCAAAAUGACGAGGCUCCACCAGCUACUGAUGAUCAACAGCCGUCGACUAGUGCACCUCAGAAGAAGCCUAGGAAGAAGAGAAAGCAACGGGACCCGAAUGAACCGGCUGGUAGGUUUUUAUUUGUUUUUGUGGAAAAAGUAGUUUUUAUUCAAGUAAUACACCUCUGGACACUUGGAAUUUAAAUUUUUUUUAAAACUCACUUUUAGCGUACAAACGAACCCUUCGCCCACCAACUCCACCUCGCUUGGCCAAACACAAUAAUCGACCACAGAAGAAGCGGAUACCUUUGUUGCCGACCGACGAAGGCAUUUCUCAGUUCAAUGUACCUCAAAUGACGUCUCUCAAGACUGGUAAUGUUGUGAAGAGUACCAAGGAUAAUGGUUUGAACACAUCAGCUACAGAUACUGGAAACGGAGAAGCUUCAGAAACUUUGAAUUCAACUUUGAAUGCGUCUGCAGUAUCAGAUGUUCCUGGAAUUUCGAAUGUAACUUCUGAUACACCCAUUAUAUUGGACGAGGGAUUAGCUAUACAAGCUUCUGGAACUUCCAAUGAUACUGUAACUUCUGGGGCUUUAAAUGUAGAUACGAUAACUACUGGUGUAAACAACGGAAGUACUAACGCCAGUGUAACUACUUUGACGAGUUCAGAAGCAGCUACAACGAAUAAAUCAACUUCUGUCAGUGUGUUCACAACAACUUCUACACCCUCUACAUCAACAUCAACAGUUGUCAUUGCUCCAAAGGCGGGUCCUUCUACUUCACAUGUGACUCCAAAGUCAACUUCAAAGACAAAGACUACAACAUCAACAACAAAGCAUUCAUCGUCAAAUACAAAGCCUUCUACCUCAACUCAAAGACCUUCAAUGUCCACAUCAAUGGCAUCAACUUCCAGAUCAUCGAUUUCAGUUUCAAGGUCUUCGACUUUGGCUUCAAGGCCGUCAACUUCAAGCAGUUCAAGGAAAAAGGACCCAGUUAUGGUGAAAACGUUCCCAAAGAAGAGGUAUCUUCAGAUGAAUUCUGGUGACAAGACUAGUUCACAGGCAGAGCUCCGGAACCAGAUCAGGAGGAUGUUCCCCAACUUCAGCGACGAAGACAUGGUCGAUCUCAUCGGCGAGAGUUUCCCUAACCUUUUCAACUUUGACUCCUAA